AUCACAUCAUCAUUUUUAAUCAUAAUGCGACAUGGGUUUGAAGUUGGUACUUGAAAAAAAAUGGGAACUUUGGUUUGUGACAGUUGUUUACAUAAAUGUCCAUUGAUUUCAUUAUCUUUGGUUUGAAUGUUUCUUACACGACUCUUUGAAACCGUUUCAAUUUUUUAUUAUUAAUUAAUUGUUUGUGAGAAUUGGUAAACGAGUAAUAAUGGUGAUCUCUUUUUCACAUAUAUAUACUAGAUAGCUAUUUAGGAAGAAGUCUAUGGAUUUUCUUAUCUGCUCUUUUCUUGGGUUUCGUCUAGUUUUUGGGUUUGGGCAAAGUUGGGUUUUGGACAUACUGUUUGAUGAUCACCUGUAGACUGUAGUGUUGUUCUUGAAUCUCCAGAUUAUAGGAACUGGUGACAUAUUGUCUUUUUUGGCUCAUUUCAAUAGCAUGGCUUCAAGAUCAUCCAAAGCUUCAGAAUCACAUCAGGGAAAGUCAGGUCGUAUGGCUGUGACCUUUGCGAGGAGAACUUCCUCAGGCCGAUAUGUCAACUAUUCGAGGGAGUCGAAUGAUCUCGAUAGCGAAAUUGGCAAUAGUGAAUACAUGGACUACACGGUGCACAUUCCAUCAACGCCUGACCAUCAACCCAUGGAUCCAUCAAUCUCUCAGAAGGUUGAAGAACAGUAUGUGUCGAAUUCGUUGUUUACAGGUGGUUUUAACAGUGCUACUCGUGCACAUUUGAUGGAUAAAGUAAUUGAUUCAGAAACGAACCAUCCGCAGAUGGCCGGUGCAAAAGGGUCUUCGUGUGCAAUACCGGGUUGUGAUGGAAAGGUGAUGAGUGAUGAGCGGGGUGAAGAUAUCCUCCCUUGUGAAUGCGAUUUCAAGAUAUGUAGGGAUUGUUUUACUGAUGCUGUGAAGACUGGAGAUGGGAUUUGCCCGGGGUGUAAGGACCCUUACAAAUCCACAGAUUUGGAUGAGAAGGUGGUGGAGAACAACCAACCACUACCACUGCCACCUAGUGUGGGGACGUCAAAGAUAGAGAGGAGGUUGUCAUUGAUGAAAUCUACGAAAUCGGGGUUGAUGAAGAGCCAGACGGGGGAUUUUGAUCAUAAUCGAUGGUUGUUUGAGACCAAUGCUACUUAUGGAUACGGGAAUGCAAUAUGGCCAAAGGAGGGGGGAUUUGGGAAUGAGAAUAGUGAUGAGAUUGGUGAGCCUAAAGAAUUUCUUAGCAAGCCUUGGAGGCCUCUGACUCGCAAAUUGAAGAUACCUGCUGCGAUUAUAAGCCCAUAUCGGCUCCUAAUAUUUGUCCGGAUAGCUGUUCUCGGAUUAUUUCUUGCAUGGAGGAUCCGCAACCCCAAUAAUGAUGCACCAUGGUUGUGGUUAAUGUCUGUAAUUUGCGAAGUUUGGUUUGCAAUUUCAUGGCUACUGGACCAGCUUCCGAAAUUCUGCCCUGUGAAUCGCGCUACUGAUCUUAAUGUAUUAAAAGAAAAGUUUGAAACCCCCGGUCCCCUCAACCCCACUGGAAAAUCAGACCUUCCUGGCAUAGACAUCUUUGUUUCCACUGCAGACCCCGAGAAAGAACCACCUCUUGUCACUGCCAACACCAUACUCUCAAUUCUAGCGGCCAAUUACCCCGUAGAGAAGCUUUCUUGUUAUGUUUCUGAUGACGGUGGUGCUCUUCUAACCUUUGAGGCAAUGGCUGAAGCUGCAAGUUUCGCCAACUUGUGGGUCCCAUUUUGCCGGAAACAUGAUAUUGAGCCAAGGAAUCCGGAAAGUUAUUUCAGUUUGAAGAGAGAUCCUUAUAAGAAUAAGGUGAAAACUGACUUUGUGAAGGAUCGCAGACGGGUGAAGCGCGAGUAUGAUGAGUUCAAGGUUCGAAUUAAUGGUCUUCCUGAUUCAAUUCGGCGUCGCUCAGAUGCGUACAAUGCUCGAGAGGAAAUCAAGACUAUGAAGCUUCAGAGAGAGAAUGGCAAUGAUGAACCACUGGAAAAUAUAAAGAUCCCUAAGGCUACCUGGAUGGCAGAUGGAACCCAUUGGCCCGGCACUUGGGUUGUUUCUUCUCCUGAGCAUUCUAGGGGUGAUCAUGCAGGAAUUAUUCAGGUAAUGUUGAAACCUCCAAGUGAUGAACCACUACAAGGCACAACAGAUGAUUCGAAUCCUAUUGACCUGACAGAAGUCGAUAUACGGCUUCCUAUGUUAGUUUAUGUUUCUCGUGAAAAGCGUCCAGGGUAUGACCACAACAAGAAAGCUGGUGCUAUGAAUGCUUUGGUACGAGCCUCAGCCAUCAUGUCCAAUGGACCCUUUAUUCUGAACCUCGACUGUGAUCACUACAUUUACAACUCCGAGGCAUUACGAGAAGGCAUGUGUUUUAUGAUGGACCGUGGUGGAGACCGUCUUUGCUAUGUCCAGUUUCCUCAGAGGUUUGAAGGAAUCGACCCAUCUGAUCGCUAUGCCAAUCACAACACUGUUUUCUUUGAUGUCAACAUGCGAGCACUUGAUGGGCUUCAAGGCCCGGUUUAUGUCGGAACAGGAUGUCUCUUCCGUCGGAUUGCUUUAUACGGUUUUGACCCUCCACGAUCAAAAGAAUAUCAUUCCGGUUGCUGCAGCUGUUGCUUUUCUCGUCAUAAAAGAUCAUCAACCGUUGCUUCUGCCCCAGAGGAGAACAGAGCACUUCGAAUGGGAGAUUCUGAUGAUGAGGUAAUGAACAUGUCUCUUUUUCCCAGAAAGUUUGGUAACUCAUCGUUUCUUAUUGAUUCCAUUCCGGUAUCGGAAUUCCAAGGCCGACCCAUUGCCGAUCACCCUUCUAUUAAGAAUGGACGACCUCCAGGUGCUCUUACUGUUCCUCGGGAGCUUCUCGAUGCAUCUACUGUUGCCGAAGCAAUCAGUGUAAUCUCUUGUUGGUACGAAGAUAAAACCGAAUGGGGCAUUCGAGUAGGGUGGAUUUAUGGAUCUGUAACUGAAGAUGUGGUGACCGGGUAUCGAAUGCACAAUCGGGGUUGGAAAUCGGUUUAUUGUGUCACCAAAAGGGAUGCCUUCCGUGGGACGGCACCCAUUAACCUGACUGAUCGGCUUCACCAGGUCCUCCGGUGGGCCACCGGUUCUGUUGAGAUUUUCUUCUCUCGCAACAAUGCUCUUCUGGCAAGUCCCAAAAUGAAAUUAUUGCAAAGGAUUGCUUACCUCAACGUCGGUAUCUACCCGUUCACCUCCAUUUUUCUCAUUGUAUACUGCUUCCUCCCGGCACUUUCCCUCUUCUCAGGUCAAUUCAUCGUCCAGAGCCUCAAUGUUGCCUUCCUCACUUACCUCCUGAUCAUCACAUUGACACUUUGCAUGCUCGCGGUGCUUGAGAUUAAGUGGUCUGGCAUUCCACUUGAAGACUGGUGGCGAAAUGAGCAAUUCUGGUUAAUUGGAGGCACGAGUGCCCAUCUCGCUGCUGUCAUUCAAGGCCUACUCAAGGUGGUUGCUGGGAUUGAGAUAUCGUUUACAUUGACAUCGAAGUCUGGCGGUGAUGACGCCGAUGAUGAAUUUGCCGAUCUCUACAUCAUCAAAUGGUCUUCCCUAAUGAUACCUCCAAUCACAAUUAUGAUAACUAACUUGAUCGCAAUAGCAGUUGGGUUUAGCCGGACACUAUAUAGCACGUUACCGCAGUGGAGCCGACUGAUAGGAGGGGUGUUCUUCAGUUUCUGGGUAUUGGCUCAUCUCUAUCCCUUUGCUAAAGGGCUUAUGGGAAGACGGGGAAGGACACCUACGAUUGUGUUUGUUUGGUCAGGACUCAUUGCAAUCACGAUUUCGCUGCUCUGGAUUGCGAUCAGCCCACCAUCGGGUACUACUCAAAUUGGUGGAUCAUUCACAUUCCCGUGAUUUUUUUUCGUCUCUCAAGGUAAUCUUGUUCAUCGAUUCUUUUGCUGUUUUUUCUCUAGCAACUUGUAAGGAAAAUGCAUGAGAGCACCUUGAGAGAGUGUAAUGGAUGCAUUGACAUUGGUUGUUAUUCAUUUGAUUUUUAUUUAAAUUUGGAUGUUCAUAGUUGGGGGAGGUGUUAUACAUACACAUUCUUUGUAAUUAGAGACAAAUGGUAGUAGAAAUUGAAGUUGAUUUGUUGUUUCA